AUGAAAGAGCUUACGUCCGAUCAGCGCCGCGCUGUCUUGGACCACCUGCUCCUUCGUGUGGUAAAGGCCCCAUGCCAGCUUCACCAUGGAGCCAUAAAUGAGGUGGCCCGAAUCUUUGGUCGAAAUCGCCAUACCAUCGCCGAAACCUGGAAGCGUGCCAACGUAUCAAUCGGUGUGGACGGCCAGCCUGGGCAUGAGAUAGUGGGCCAACAUAUCUCUUCUCUCAAGAAGAAUCGCGUUGGUCGAAAGCAAAAGUACUCAGACCUUCCAGAUCGAAUUCGCGCGAUACCACCACAGCGUCGGACAACACUCCGGUACAUCGCGCAUGCCAUCGGCGUCCCUGCGAGCGCGCUCAAAGACUACUACAAAUGCGGUCUCAUGGUCAAGUAUAAUUCCCUCAUUAAACCAAAGCUAACGGAUGCAAACAAGGUGGCCAGGGCAAAGUGGGCCAUGGACUUCGUGCGCCCCGACAGCAACUUCCAGUUCGCCGACAUGUACGACUACGUACACGUGGAUGAGACGUGGUUUCAUGCAACCAAGAUAAAGUCGCGAAUGUGCCUGCUGCCGGGUGAAGACCCUCCCCAUCGCUCCACCCAGAGCAAGCGCUUUAUCAAGAAAGUGGUAUUCUUCUCCGCCGUGGCACGCCCAAGAUGGGACGACGACAAGGCCGAGUGGUUGCAUGGCAAAAUCGGAACCCGGCACUUCACGCAAGUUGUCUCCGCCACCCGAUCGUCACGCAACCGUCCCGCCGGCAAGCAGGAACUCCGCCCAAUCAACGUAACGCGCCCUGUGUACAAGAACGUGCUGAUUGAGCACGUCAUCCCUGCUAUCUUAAUAUUUGUAUACUCGAAACUGGUCAAAACUGUGUUUUUAUUCAAUUUUUGUACUUUCACGACAAAGGUAAAUGUCAUGUGA